AUGAACGAACGCCAGGACAUAAAGUAUCCAGACUCCGAUCAUGAGAACGGUACCGAAAAUGAAAACCCUGCCACUAAACCAAGACGCAAAAAAACCUCAAGGGCAUGUAACCACUGUCACAAGGCGCACAUGACAUGUGAUUCUGGAAGACCUUGCAAACGAUGCAUUCAGCGAGGUUUGGAUCAAACAUGUGAAGAUGCCCCUCGUAAGCGGAAAAAGUACCUUGAUGAUGUACCAAAUUCUAGCUUGAUGAUAAAACGAACACAGAGCUUACCUCAGGACCCUGAAUCGAGCCAUGAAUUACAACAGGGCUUUUCAUUGAAUACGACCUUGCAACAACCUCAUGCUCAAAACACACAGCUACAAAACAAUUCCACGUACCUCAAUAUGCAGGCACGUUUGCAACUGCGCCAAUCAAAUGAGAGAGACCAGCAAGUACCACCUCCACAAGAAAAUAUGGCAACUCACCAUCAACAGCAUAUGAACCAGAUACAUCCAACAGCGCCACAGUUGACUGCUAGGCCAACGUCGACCUUCCAAGAACAAUAUCAACUGUACCAACAACCGCAACGACCCCAACUGCUACCACAACCGAAUAACUUUACCCCCAACCAUACGACAUACCAGGCUACAUUAUUCCAGCAUAGUGCCACGGGACUGGGAAUACACUCCACGCCCGACUACUAUUUUCAAAACUCAUACAAUAAUCAGUCUCGCCUGCAUUCACACCUGGAGCAAGAUCAACAACCACUCUCGAAUAGCCAGCUGCUGCAACAGCAGCAACAGCAACAGCAACACCUUCAUCCACACAAUAUUCCACCAAAUAAUGAAAACUCGCCAACAUCUUUUAUCCAGUAUCAGAAAAAGUCAAAGUUUCUUUCAACCGCUGCCGAUUUAGAGUAUGCUACACUUUCUAAUAUUUUGCAGGAUAAUUUUAGUGGCCAUCACACAACAUCCAAUGAAGCAACACCCACCUCGCAUAACUUGUCGCCAAAUUUAUCUCCUCACAAUAUGUCCAAUACACCACACACGUUGCCUCAAGGGCAGUCAACAGAGUACACAACGGAGACAGGGUCACAUUAUACUAAUGGGUUAGAACGGAAGUCUCUGGACCCACCAUCCGGUCCAAAAUUCAGAAACACGAGUACCUUGUUUGAAGAUACAAAGUAUCCCAAGUGUGAUGAAUCAAUCAAUCAAUAUUUUAUAGGCAAGAUUGACGCAGACAAGACUUCACUAUUUCCAGAUAUAAUCACCGCCAUUGAGGAGAUGAAAAACACCGAUUAUGCAGUUUACCAGGAGCGCAACUCUAAGCUGAAUUUGUCAUUUUCGAUUGGAAUCCUGCACGAUGAAAAUAACUCAAGCAACGUCAGCGGUAAAGAAGAGACUUUGUUUAAAGAGCCAGAGGAGAUUUACGCCAAAGUCACCAAGCCAUUUUCUUAUACUCCAGGGUAUCACUCGCUUAUUGCGUACUUGCGUAAGCGAUUUCCCAAACCUUUGCUUGUCGAAAUGGCCAAGUCGAUGGCCAUUUACCGCCCCUCGUUCAUUGCAUGUACAAACUCAUUAAAGGAACAUGACUUGAUAUUUAUGGAGCAAUGUUUCCAAAGAACGUUACUUACGUACGACAAUUUUAUCAAGGUUAGUGGUACUCCAACAAUUGUAUGGAGAAGAACUGGUGAGAUAGCUUAUGUCGGUGAUGAAUUUUGUGUUUUGACUGGGUGGACCAAAGAGCAGCUAAUAGGCCAGGGUCAGCGCAAAUUCAUCGUUGAGCUAUUGGAUGAUAAGUCAGUGGUUGAAUAUUUCCAGGUGUUUUCCAGAAUUGCGUUUGGUGACUUUUUGGGGGCAACAAUGACAGAGUGUACUUUAUUAACUCCAAAGCUAGAUGUCAAGAUCAGAACUGGAUGCAUGCCUUCGCCACAGCAUCCACAGCGGCCACAACUCACUACCAACUUGCUAUUUUCAGUUACCACGAUAUGUCUUGGCUCGUUACAAUUCGGGUACCACAUGGCCGAACUCAAUUCGCCCGAGUUGGUACUUACGUGUAAACGUUCACAACCAGGAUUUGUGCCUUAUAUGGACUCCUUCUGGGGAUCUCGUGGGUACAUACAGUGCAUACCAAUGUCGCCUGAUCAAAUUGGGCUUGUGACAUCGAUCUUUUCUAUUGGAGGAUUGGUUGGGUCGUUCUAUGUUGGCCAUUUAGCUGACAAGUACGGCAGGAAACUAACUAGUUACUUACAUUGUGCAAUGUACCUUAUAGGAUCAAUCUUGAAUGGAUUGGCCAAUACAUUUUACGCACUAGUUUUUGGUAGAUUCAUUUGUGGAUUAGGAGCCGGGUCUGCUUUAGUCAUCACGUCAUUGUACAUCAAUGAAGUCUCGCCAACACAUACAAAGGGGUUGUUGGGGUCAAUGAACCAAGUCAGUAUUAAUGUGGGGAUUCUUUUUACACAAUUGCUUUCCCUCAAGUGGUCCAACGACAAUGAUUGGAGAUGGUUAUUGAUUACCGCGGGAGUCAUUGCCGCAAUUAACGUGAUUGUUUUAACUAUUUGGGUCGACGAGUCCCCCAUGUGGUUGGUGAACCAAGGAAACCAUGACCAAGCGUACAUGGUAUUGCACAGAUUAAGAGGUGGAAGCUAUUCUGGGGUUACGGCCGAAGUCAACAGCUGGAAGACGAACGACGAGUCUGUUGAAGAGAGUAAUUCAUUGAUGGAAAAUGGCGAGUUAGCAGACCCAGGCCAGGAACAGUCAAAAAAUACAGCCACUUUGUGGGAGUACAUAAUGUCUCCUGAAUUUAGACCUUCUCUCAUUGCAUCGGCGGGUGUUUUGAUCUUGCAGCAAUUUGAUGGAAUAAACUCGAUUGUGUUCUACGGAGUAUCAGUUUUGGUGUCUGUCUUCCCUAACCACUCGAUCUUGAUCAAUUGUUUGAUUUCGUUGGUGAAUACUGUGGUGACAUUUGGGUCUGCCACCGUUGUCGAUAAAGUUGGGCGCAAGCCGUUAUUAUUAACAUCAGUGUCUUUCCUUGGUGUUGCAACUGUCUUGAUGGGCUUUGGUAUAAUAUGGACCAAUUCGGUAAUGUCAAUCAUAGGUACUUUCACAUUCAUUACAUUCUUUGCCAUUGGCCUUGGUCCAAUCCCGUUCUUGUUAGUAGGGGAGGUGACACAGACUAGAGCCAAGGCUUCAGCUCAGAGUUUUAGUACCAGCUUGAACUGGAUUGCUACAUUCAUUGUCGGGUACUUAUUCCCAGUGUUGUUGCAUGCAAUAGGGGGUUCAGUCUACUUUAUAUUUACAGUCAUGUGUGUUUUCAGUAUCUGGUUUAUCAGAACAUAUGUGCCUGAAACUAAGGGGAAACUGACGUAUGCUGAAGUGUGGAGUGGUAAUUAA